AGUUGUGUUGGACUCAGAGUCUCUCAUGGUGGACUCGGAGUCUCUCAUGGUGGACUCGGAGUCUCUCAUGGUGGACUCGGAGUCUCUCAUGGUGGACUCUGUGUCUCAUGUUGGACUCUGUGUCUCAUGGUGGACUCUGUGUCUCAUGGUGGACUCAGUGUCUCAUGUUGGACUCUGUGUCUCAUGGUGGACUCUGUGUGUCAUGGUGGACUCUGUGUCUCAUGUUGGACUCUGUGUCUCAUGUUGGACUCUGUGUCUCAUGGUGGACUCUGUGUCUCUCAUGGUGGACUCAGUGUCUCUCAUGGUGGACUCAGUGUCUCGUGUUGGACUCAGUGUCUCGUGUUGGACUCUGUGUCUCAUGUUGGACUCAGAGUCUCUCAUGGUGGACUCAGAGUCUCUCAUGGUGGACUCAGUGUCUCUCAUGGUGGACUCAGUGUCUCUCAUGGUGGACUCAGAGUCUCUCAUGGUGGACUCAGAGUAUCGUGUUGGACUCAGAGUCUCGUGUUGGACAGAUUCUCUCAUGGUGGACUCUGUGUCUCGUGUUGGACAGAGUCUCUCAUGGUGGACUCAGUGUCUCAUGGUGGACUCAGAGUCUCUCAUGGUGGACUCUGUGUCUCAUGGUGGACUCUGUGUCUCAUGGUAGACUCAGAGUCUCUCAUGGUGGACUCAGAGUCUUAUGGUGGACUCAUUGUCUCUCAUGGUGGACUCAGAGUCUCUCAUGGUGGACUCUGUGUCUCAUGGUGGACUGUGUCUCAUGGUGGACUCAGAUUCUCAUGUUGGACUCUGUGUCUCGUGUUGGACUCAUUGUCUCUCAUGGUGGACUCAUUGUCUCUCAUGGUGGACUCAUUGUCUCUCAUGGUGGACUCAUUGUCUCUCAUGGUGGACUCAUUGUCUCUCAUG